GGCUUCCUCAACAAAUCACCAAUUCAUUUCCAUGCUAAUCACAGUUCUAGUUAUCUUCAAAACAUCGUUAGCGUUUGAAAACUUUUCAUCUGUCGAUGGUAAUUUCCCGUUCUCACCUAAACAUGUUAUAAUCAUCAACACUUUGCACCCACAUGGAAAAUUAUACGUGCACUGUAGGAAUAAAGGGGAAGAUUUAGGGCUUCAUAAGAUAGAAUAUCGAGAACAAAUAGAUUUCAGGUUUCGUGUCAAUCUACGCAGAACAACAACAUACACUUGUAAAUUCUCGUGGCCAGGAAAUGAAAAGACGUUCGAUAUUUUUAGAGCGGAUAGAGACGAUAGUUCAAAAAGUACAAGUGGAAUAUGUAGAGAAUGUAUUUGGUAUAUUUGUGAGACAGGUCCAUGUCGUGCUAGACGCGAUGGAGGGGAUCCAUUCUGUUUUUCAUGGACAUCUUAGAGAUUGACUGGUAUAUCAGAUUAACAGAUGAAAAGACAAAUUAUGAAAUAUCGGAAUCAAUAAAAAGAUGGCACUUUUAAAUUGAAUAUAUAUGUUUUUUUUUCAAAUGCCAAAAAUUAAUAUUUAGUAGAUGAAUAAAGUGUCUUUAGUUU